AUGUGGAUCGUACUGCUACUAGUAGCAGUACGACCACUAUGGGCGGCAACGCUUGAUACGGCGGCAGUGAUCGCGAUCCAGAAUGAACUGAACAAACAUGCCACCGAGUUGGAAAUGCUACUCGAACAUGUGAAAAAUCUGAACGCACGAGUUAGUGAUCUUGGACGCCCGGGACCACCGGGAAUUAAUGGAUCACCAGGAUUUCCGGGUGCAAAAGGCGAAAAAGGUGACACAGGGAUCGAUGGAAAACCCGGGAAGGAUGGUAUGCAAGGUAUUCCUGGAGUUAAAGGUGAUGUUGGCCCUGUGGGACCCACCGGCAUGAAAGGUGACAAGGGAAGCACGGGUUAUCCUGGUCAAAAAGGAGAAGUUGGCGCUGCUGGUACACCGGGCAUGAAAGGUGACACUGGUAUUCCUGGAAAGGUUGGCGAACCCGGGUCCACUGGACUUCCGGGAGUGAAAGGCGAGAAAGGAUCUGAAGGUGUGCCUGGCACUAACGGUCAGCCAGGACCACCAGGAUGGCCCGGCGUGAAAGGAGAUGACGGACUGAAUGGACGUCCAGGAUCACCUGGAUUCCCUGGGAAAAAAGGUGAAAGCGGUAUAGCUGGUGUCCCAGGUUCUCCAGGACCUAUAGGUGAACGUGGACUGCCUGGAGCUCCUGGACCGCAAGGUAUGAUGGGACCAAUAGGACCACCAGGAAAGGUCGGGCUACCUGGACCUAGGGGACCUGAAGGCAUACCUGGACUUCCUGGCCAGAAAGGGGAAACCGGAAAGGACGGCCUGCCUGGCUUACCCGGAUGGCUUGUGAAUGACAAAGGAUACUGUAUCCUAGCGUUAGGCAACUGUCCACCAUCAUUCACGCAAAUUGGAGCAUAUCAGGCACAUGUGGACAAUUAUCGAUUCGGCGACUAUUCACUAGUGAAAUCAGCAGGAAUAGGUGGAGCAGAAGAACAAUUCGCUUUAAAAGUUCAUGCAUGUUGUCGAUAA